AAGAAGAAAUGGCGUCUGGGCCGCCGUAGAAAUGAGUCGUGCUAUGUGGAGCUCCGUGCUGAUCACCGGCUGCAGCAGAGGAAUCGGUCUGCGGCUGGUCAGAGAGCUGGCUCACAGCAAUAACAGGCCGGCCACCAUCAUAGCGACAGCCCGCCAACCCUCCACGGCUUUGCAGCAGCUGUCAAAAACACACCCAGGCCUUCACAUUGUUACUUUAGAUGUGAGCAGUGAGCAGGGCAUCAGUUCGGCCUCUGAAGAGGUUCAGUCUAUUGUGGGAGAUACUGGACUCAACUGCCUGAUUAAUAAUGCAGCCAUUGGAUUCUCAACCAAUAUCAGCACUGUCACCCCAGAGUCCAUGAUGACCAUGUUCCAGGUCAAUGCUGUAGCUCCGCUCUUCAUAACAAAGGCCUUCAUGCCUCUGCUGCAGGCUGCUGCUGCCAGGUCCAGUGGGAUGGGGAUCCAUAGAGCAGCUGUCAUCAACAUGUCCUCUGUCCUCGGUUCCAUUACUUUGAACUGUGGCGAUGGCGCCAAAUACAAAAACUAUGCCUACGGAACCUCCAAGGCGGCUCUAAACAUGGUAACAAGGUGUCUAGCUGCAGAUUUGAAGUCCAGUGGAAUCCUCUGUAUGUCUCUGCACCCUGGCUGGGUGAAGACUGACAUGGGCGGUCCUAAUCCAGUGUACGUCUGA